GAAAUUAGAGGAAAUUAUACGGAUAUUCGCAUUGUUCUACAGUAACAUUCCAUUCUGUGAAAUCACAAUUGUUUCCCUCUUUCAACCUUUCCUUCUUUUUGCUUUUCCAAUUUUGCUUCUCUCUCUGACCUGCAGAUCGAAUCUGAGUAUAUAUAAAUUCAUUUGUUGUGAAGAAACCUAGAAACCUUUGCUUCUCUAUAUAAAGCCGGAUUUCAGUAUUGUGGUGUUUCUUUUUGUUGGUUCUAGGCACUAGUUGGCUGGGGAGCAUCUUCCUUUGAUAAAUGGGCUGUAUACAGUCUACAGCAACAAGACAGUCUCCCGGGCACGAAGAUCCAGUUUUACUUGCUUCCCAGACAGCGUGAAAGACUUGUUUGUUCAGAUUUCAAUGAAAUAACUGCAUUUUUAUGCGAGAUUGGCAUUGUCAAGUAAUAUUUGAUGAGGAAAUAAAGGUUGUACAACUAUUCAGUGUUAGCGAAGUUGAAGCAUUAUUUGAGCUGUUUAAGAGCAUUAGCAGCUCCGUAAUUGACGAUGGGCUAAUAAAUAAGGAAGAAUUUCAGUUGGCUCUUUUCAAGAACAGGAAGAAAGAGAAUCUUUUUGCAAACCGGAUUUUUGAUCUCUUUGAUGUGAAGCAAAAAGGAGUCAUUGAUUUUGGUGACUUUGUUAGAUCACUGAAUGUUUUCCACCCAAAUGCACCACAAGAAGAUAAAAUCAAUUUUUCAUUUAAGCUGUAUGAUAUGGAUGGCACAGGAUAUAUUGAACGGCAAGAGGUUAAGCAAAUGUUGAUUGCACUUUUAUGCGAGUCUGAAAUGAAGUUGGCUGAUGAAACCAUUGAGAUCAUUCUUGACAAGACAUUUUUGGAAGCGGACACUGACCAGGACGGAAAAAUAGAUAAAUCUGAAUGGCGCAAUUUUGUGUCCCGAAAUCCUUCACUGUUGAAGAUAAUGACACUUCCAUAUUUGAGGGAUAUAACAACAACGUUUCCGAGUUUUGUAUUUAAUUCCGAGGUUGAUGAGAUUGCUACUUAAAUUAAGAGACGGCUUAGUUUUAGUUAUGUGAUUUUCACAAGAAGCCUAGUGAUGGGUACACGUACUCUACAUUUGUAAACUAUUUCGUGACUGGGUUUUCAAUUACAUUUGCCCAUUUUUAGUGUACAUUCCUAGCGAUUAUACUCCCUGUUGGAGGAUUAGAUGAUAUCAGAAAGCUCAAUUGAGUUCUUUUGGGAAAA